AUGAGUGCAUCAAGCAAUGCGCAAGGCAAACCGUCUCAAUUGGCGGUCAAGGCAUCAGCAGCCACCAUCAAACAUGAUGACGAGUUGCGAAACCAGUCACUGGUUUUGUUUUCCACCCUCUCGCAGGCAAUCGAGCCUCCCCCGGCUUCUGUGCUGGCAGUGCCACUUGACCGGAUUUACACUGGCAAAAUGGCCAAGGCUUUGGUAGCUUCCAGGCCUGUCAACGCCGCAGCGCAGGGGGGAAAUGCCAUCAACUUGACGUCGCAUUCCAGCAAGAGGUCAAAGGGCAACAAAGUGAAGUGCAGAGAUUGUGGGAGGUCGGUGUCUGAUUCCAGCGCAGCGCGGACGCACAUUGAGCAGUAUCACCGGGGCAAGCGGCUGUCAGACUGCUUCCCAAGCGCAAGCGCAAUGCUGUGUGGAGAGGAAGACUGCACUUUCGAGUGGUUUGCAAGAUCUGCCGCCCCCUUUGCUACGCAUUGCGCUACCGCGCACGAUUGCAUGGACGGUGGCGUAGCAGCUUUUGGCAAAGUUUACGAGUCGUGCAAGCAGUGUCUCCGGUGCUUUGGCUGCUUCAAAAACUCGGCGGCCCUGCGAAAGCACAAAUCGCGCGCAAAGUGCACGCCCUACAAACCUCCCCUAGUGCCAUAUCGUCCAAAGCCGGCUAGGGACGAGCCCAUAGCAGACCCCAAGCCUGUAGAGGUGAAUCUCGACUCGGUAGCACCCGUAAUUCCACCCCCACCGAGCGAUACCGGGGCAACUAUCAGUGAUACAGACGCCGCAACGCCUUCAACUUCAAAGGAGACAUGUCUACCAAAUUGCCAAGCACGCUUUAAGUCUCGACGAGACUGGGUCAGACACGUGCGAGGAGCACACCGGAUUGAGCUGCAGAUCGAUCGAAUGCGGUUUGAUACGCAUGAGGAGCUGAGAGACUUUAUUGAGAUGUACUGCAACUCCACGGCAUGUCGCUUUGACCGUCGAGGCAACUACUAUCACUGCUCGAGACACAGGCUUCCCCCACCCGAAAAACAGCAGCGUGGAGCGCAGAGUCAGGAGCAGGAUGCGGGCAACAGCAGCCUGCAUGCGAACUUGGACAUUGAUUCACGUCACGGGCAGCAUGAUUCGGCGAUGAGGGAGCAAGCAUGUGCUGACCACAAAUGGCAUGAGGACGAACCUGAUUGCGUUUUGGAGCAAGAAGAAUCACAGAAAGUGGUCUGCUAUGCAUACAUGUGGCAGCAGGAGCUGGACGAUGGCUCCUUUGAGGUCGCCUUGCUGCCCAAGAUGCUGAGCGUCGAGACGGACAGUGAAGCACAGCGCGUUACCUACCUCUCCAUGCAGGUGAUCUUUCCCAUCGCAGCCGUCCUCAUGGCUCUCUCGCUGGGCGCUGUGGCGGUUUUAAGAAGCGAGCGGGCGCUGCGCGCCAUUUGGUAUGACAACGGACAUCGCUCGGGCGAAACCGCCGGCACACUCGCCCACAACUGGAGCUAUCUGCGGCGGAUUCGACAUUUAAUUCUUCCGGGCUGCAUCAUGCUGCUCACCACAGCGGCUAUCACGAGCUACAUGUGCGCCUUGGCCCCCCGCGUACCAACCAACAUGUCGUCCGAGUUCUGGGUCAAGUAUCUCCCGACCAUGCUGCUCGUUGCCUUCUCCCUCAGCGCCUUUAUCGGCCGCGCUGGCGCUGAUUCUUGUGGGCACAUCAAGCCGCUACGCUUCUUACAAACCUCCUAUCACCCAAGCUUUGUUAUGCUGCUGAUCCGCAUCGCUAUGCUGGUCGGCCUUAUGUGCUACGUCGACUUGCCCAGAGACAGCUGGAGCUGGCUUGGCGCUUGGAGCGAGACCAACACCCUCGUUCUCCUGUGGUUUGCUCUUGCCUCCUUCCUGGGCGGCUUUCACACAGUCACCUGCGCCGUCACCAUGCAGCACAGCUGUGAGCACUCUGCCGAAGGGGUGUGCACAACUACAGCACAAAUGACCUUUUUAAGUUUACAAAUAGGCAGCUGUAUUGGCAUGGCUUUUGGUGCCAGCAAUGUCUAGCCUCUCUAUAGCAUCCCUCGGCUGCCGUGUGUGAACUGGCACCAAUAGCUGUCCGGUGAAGUUGCACAUCAUAUCAGAGCCGAUGCCCCAACGUGAUAAUAGCCCCGAGCUCCCGCUCUCCUCAAUCGACUGAAAAUGGUG